AUGAAUCAGUACAAGGUUAAUCUUUUUGAUUUACCUAAUGAAAUAUUACUUAUUAUUUUAAAAAAACUUGAUAAUAUGGAUGUACUUUACUCAUUGUUUGAUCUUAAUAAUGAACAACUUGAUAAAAUAAUACAAGAAAAUACUUUUACUAAUAAUCUUAAUUUUGUAUUAAUAACAUUAACUGAUGAUGUGUUAUCAAUUUCUGAUUCAAUAAUUGAUCGAUUUUACAAAAAUAUAUUGCCAAAAAUUCAUUAUAAUGUUAAAUCUCUGGUUCUUAAUUCAUUAUCUAUGGAACGUAUUCUUUUUGCUGCUGAUUAUCCUAAUUUAAAUAAACUUAAAAUCUUUAAUUUUAACGAUAAAAUUGUUUUACGUUAUUUUACAGGUAAAUAA